AUGCUCCGGAGUUUACGUCAAAUAGCACGACUAGGAAGAUCCCUAAAGACGCCAAUUCGAACCAGAAGUUUACCUAUACUCCCCACCACUUCACGGCUACAGGCUCCAUUGCACACCAGUGUUUCCGCAUGGAAGUACGACAAGAAAUCCUCGCGAGCGUCGGAUGACUUGGACAGCGACGACGAAGAUGAUGAGGAUUUCAAGGAUGAACGGGACUCGAAGGUGGUCAAGACCAAGGUGAACUCACUGCGCGCAGAUCUGCUCCUGAAAGCUGGUCUCGGCAUGGCGAGAAACAAAGUAGAACUUAAUUUUUACGAGAGCAAGAUACGCGUCAAUGGAAAAAAGCUGCCCAAAAAGAGUGCACAGCUGGAAGUCGGCGAUGAUAUCGACGUAAUCCGGGGCUUCAGUCAAUCGAAUCCUUCUCACCUGGUCGUGGCCCGCGUCUCAAUCCUCUCCGCCAGCGAACGCGAGGAAGGACUCAGCGUCCACCUGAGGCGGUACAAAUCCCUGCUGGUCGAGAAUUACCGGGGACCCAACGCCUUUAAAUCCUCGGAACAAGUUGCCCACUAAAACCAAUUAGAAAUAAAGAAUGCCUUAAAGCUUUACUAUUAA